AUGGCGGACGAGAAUCCUUUUGCAGAAAAUCAAAUCGUUGUUGAGAGUUCUCAUCCUUUGUACUUGAGUCCUUCAGACAAUCCUGGAAUAAAUCUGGUGUUUACUCUAUUUGAUGGGACUGGAUAUGCAGAUUGGCGAAAAUCCAUGUUGAUUUCCUUAUCAGCUAAGAACAAGCUGGGACUAAUCAAUGGAAGAAUUGCUAAACCUAGAAAUGACUCUCCUUACUUCGAGCUUUGGAUACGCUGCAACGAUAUGGUGAUGGCUUGGUAUGGACAAUCUGAUGUAGCUCAAUUAUUUGGCCUGCAAAAGAAACUGUUAGAGACUACACAAGGUUAUAAUGACAUAGCAGCAUAUUUUAAUAAUAUAAAAGCAAUAUUGGAUGAAUUGAAUGCACUGGAUGCAAGAUUUCCAUGUACUUGUGUUGAAUGCACGUGCGAAGCAAAGCAUAAGAAUAAAGCAAUUGAGGAAAGACAAAAACUAGUUCAGUUUCUUAUGGGCUUAAAUGAGACAUACACUACUUGUAGAGGAAACAUUAUGAUGAUGAACCAUGUGCCAAACAUUGAUAAGGCCUACUCUCUUCUCCUUCAAGAAGAAAGGCAGAGAUCUAUCCAACCUUUAGUGAUGUCACCUAUGGAUUCGAGUUCUUUUAAUGCUUCUACACAAAAGUUUGGUCAAUAUACUGGACAAGGCAUAAUGACUUUUAAUGUAAAUGAUGGAGGAGGAAACAAGUAUAAUGCAACAAAGGGAAAUGACAAAAGGAAUAUGUUCUGUUCUUAUUGCCAAAGACCUGGGCAUACAGUAGAAAGAUGUUUCAAAAUUCAUGGUUAUCCAACAGGUUUUAAGACAAACAUGCAAGGAAAUAAGCCAAGAAAAUUUCAGAAUUCAAACAUUAUACAGGGAAAUGCAGUGUCCACAGAAGAAGAUCUUAUUGACAUGCAAGGAAACUCAAAUCAGGGAACUCAACAUAACAGUAUUUCACCAAGUAUUGUGGGAAUAAGUCAGGAACAAUAUUCUCAGCUUAUGAAAAUCUUACAACAAGUCAAAAUUGGUCAACAAGCUGCUUCAAGUUCUGAAGUUAAUGUGACUGCUAAUUGUGCUGGUAUAGCUCCUAUUCUACCUUCUUUACUUCCUGAUAAGUCCUUUAUACACUCAUGGAUCCUUGACUCAGGUGCUUCUGAGCACAUGACCUUUGAUAAAGCCAUUCUAUUUUAUAUCAUAGCCCUAACUCAGCCUUUAACCGUUAAUCUACCAAAUUCUUUCAAAAUCAAAGUCACUCAUGCUGGAAAGGUCUCUCUAUUUCCAGACAUGUUUUUAGACAGAGUCCUAUAUGUCCCCUCCUUUAAAUUCAACUUGUUGUCUGUUCACAAGUUUUGCUACCAAUUUGGUUGUGAUCUAAUUUUCAGUGCUUUUCUCUGCUCUAUGCAGGGCCUUCCCUUGAAGAGGCCUUUGGAUCUUGGUAGACUCAGUAAUAGACUGUACAUCUUACGAUCAAAACACUAUCCUUCUGGACCCUUAGUCAAAGCAAACAAUACUAAUUUUCCAUCUACUGCAGAUACUAGUAUCAACUCCUUUAUUCACUCUAUGUCUAAUUCUGUUGAUCAUUGUCAAAAUGUGUGGCACAUUAGACUAGGCCAUAUGCCCAUUACUAGCAUGAAAAAUAUUGCUACUUUACCACAUUUCUCUAUCAAUAAAGCCACAACUCCUUGUACAGUUUGCCCCUUAGCUAGGCAACAUAAGCUGCAUUUUCCUAACAGUUGUAUUUCUUCUACCAAAAUAUUUGAGCUUAUUCAUAUUGAUACAUGGGGCCCAUAUAAAACAGCCACCCAUGAUGGUUUCAAAUAUUUUCUUACAAUUGUGGAUGAUUAUAGUAGGGGAACAUGGACCUAUCUUUUGAGCACAAAAGGGAAUGUUUUUACCAUACUCAAAUCUUUCAUUUCUAUGGUGGAAAGACAGUUUAACACCAAAGUCAAAAAGGCUAGGUCUGAUAAUGCCUUGGAGCUUGGCUCUAGCAUCAGUUCAACUGCCUAUUUUCUCUCCAAAGGAAUUAUUCAUCAAACAAGUUGUGUUGCUACACCUCAACAAAAUGGUGUAGUAUAG